AUGGGGGCCCCACUAAACGUGGAUAAAUUAAACAAGGAUGUCUACAUCUGUUUUAAUGUCUUGCUUGUUGUGAAUAUUCCCAAGUUUGUGGAAGAGCUCAGUAAUGAAACAUAUAAAUAUAAAAAGGAUAUCGUAGAGUCUGCUGCGACUAUUCAAACAGUUGUUGAGAUUCUCGCCAAAGUUGCUGACAUCUCACAAAACAUUAAUAUUCAUAAGCCUGUGAUAGAGGAUUUUCUUAACUCAGUUGAGAUAAUUACAUCAGAUGAAUCCAAAAACACAUGGACAGAAUUGAACAAUGGUGACAUGACAAAAAGAAAUGUCAGCACUAAUCUUCUGCAAGCUAUUGAGAGUAUAAGCAGCCAUCUCUCAGAUGGGGACUUUUCUAUAACAAAACCAUCCAUUCAGUUAAAUAGGACUAUUAUUGAUGAUAACUCUAAGGAUAUUGAUGUAAAAUCUCACCUGGAGAACUCAACUACAGGUACUGAAAUUCUGAUACCAAAUGUUCCUAAAUCAACCGCCAUAACCAUCAUCGUCUUCACAAAUCUUGACAAUGUUCUACCAACGCGAGAUACUUCUAAUAAUGACAACAAGACAUCAAAAAGCAUCAUCAAUGGAAACGUGGUUGUUGUUCAAGUCAACCAAACAAUUCAUAACAUUUCAUUUACUUUCGGAACUACGAAUACAUCAUUGAAAAAUCCUCAGUGUGUCUUCUGGAACUUUUCUCUGGAUCGAUGGGAUUCCAAUGGAUGUAAAGUCAAGCGCUUUGAAAAUAAAACAGUUACAUGUGAAUGCGACCACACAACCUCUUUUUCAAUCCUGAUGUCACCGUUUGCAAUUGAUAACCUUGCCUUAGCCUAUAUAACAUAUAUUGGUGUAGCUAUUUCAAUAGCCAGCUUAAUUCUGUGCCUCAUUAUUGAGGCGAUCGUAUGGAAGUCAGUGACACGAAAUGACACAGCGUAUGUGCGUCACGUCUCAAUAGUCAAUGUAGCUGUUUCGCUGCUGAUCGCAAACAUCUGUUUUAUCAUCGGAGCUGCAAUUGCAGACCAAGAGCAUCCGCCCCAGGUGGGUCACUGCAACGUUUUCUUCAUGCACUUUUUUUACCUGGCUGUUUUUUUCUGGAUGUUCAUCAUAGCAAUUUUGCUUCUUUACCGCACCGUCAUGGUCUUUUCUCAGAUGUCAAGGACUAAUAUGAUGGUCAUUGCCUUCGUAGUUGGUUAUUGUGCACCUUUGCUCAUAGCGGUUAUUACUGUUGCAUCCACUUCACCUACAAACUAUAUUUCAGAAAAAAAUGCCUGUUGGCUUAACUGGUUUGAAUCUAAGGCCCUGCUGGCAUUUGUGGUUCCAGCUCUGACUAUUGUUGCCUUUAACCUCAUGGUUUUGAUUGUAGUUUUGUGUAAGAUGGUCAGGAGAGGAGUUGGUGCUAUAACCAAUUUAAAUGAUAAACACACUCUUGUGGUCAUUGCCCGAUGUGUGGCCAUUCUGACUCCUAUCUUUGGUCUAACAUGGGGAUUUGGCAUUGGAACCAUGGUGUCACGUGACUUUGGCCUUCAUGUGGUGUUUGCCCUCCUCAAUUCAUUUCAGGGAUUCUUUGUUUUGGUGUUUGGAAUACUUUUAGACAGCAAGGUCCGUGAGUCACUGGCAGGAAAGCUGUCAAUAAAGAACCUCAGUUCCAGUCCUACCAGGAGCACUAAUGCUGGAACAUCAUCUACAAGUGGACUGGGUUUCAUAGAUUGGCUGCGUAGGAGAAAUGUGUACAACCUGUCUGAUCCCAGCGCAGCUACCUCUGCUAACAGCUCCAGUGGAUCUCAUUUAAUCCCUAAUUAA